UAGCGACUUGCUAUGGGUUGGUUUUUAGGAUACAGGAGGUCGGAUUGUGAGAAAGGUUCGAUGCGCUGUUUCUACUUACUAGAGCCAACAGUCAUCACAUGUGCCUCGCGAGUUGUUCCGUUCCAUCCGUGCCCCCGCAUGAAAACCCUUGUCCAAUCCAUUUAUAUACGGAGUACAACCAACAACCAACAACUAGAGCCAACAACCAACACGAUCAACUUUCUCAAUCAUUCGAAAAACCAAAAUUGCUGGGAAGCAACAAAAACGAGAGAAAUAUCCGAAACCAGCAAUAACCGAAAGCAGAGUCUUCCCAAACAUAAAAAGGCCAUCUUAUCCCCCAGAUACACAUAUUCUCUGCACCCUUCCAACCAAUACUAUGGGGGAUCUUCAGUUCUUACUCCUCAUCUUCAUUUUAGACGCCGCCGCAGUCAUCAUACGCAUCUCAUCAGGACAAUGGUCAACCUCAGCAAAACUUGGGUUACUUGCCUCGCAUUUAGCCUUGUUGAGCCGAGUCUUGGACUCCAUAACAAACAAGGUCAACGCGUAGGCUACAAUCCUCUCGUCAAGCAAUGGAACGGCCCAGACUCCAAUCUCACGGCAACUUUGGACCUCGUUGAUCCCGGCCACGUCUCCGUGUUUGAGAAGCGUCGCCACAUCGAUGUCACGGCAUGGGCUACAGUGGCUUUGGCUGCUGGUACUACCAUCCUGGCUGCUGAGGCGGGCAUGAAUAUCUACAAGCAGGUUGCCGACAUUAUCAAGAGCAAGUCGAACCACAAUUCAUGCUCCAUGACUACUGGCACCGACUCGAACGGACAUAUCAUCGAGGGCUACGCAUACCUGGCGACUACGAGCGGACAUGAUUGCAAGACCACGGCCGAAACGAAGACUAUCCUUGCUGCGGUGAAGGACUGUGCUGAUUGGCAGCAUAAGCAUGGAGCUAUCAUGGGCUGUUGUGUGCUGUCUCACGGCGGAACUUGGAAAGGUCAUCUACGUCUCACGUCUCAGCCUAACAAGUACCCAGCACAUGCGGUGAACUGUGAUUAAGAAGCUGGUGGGGUUCGUAAAGCUGCGGGGGCAUAGUAUACCUCAUGUGUUCUGGCUGGUAUUGGUGGAGACAUUCUUGGGGAGGAUAUGUAUACUGGAUCAUUCGUUUGCUGGUCUCUAUGGUAGUGAAUUAAAUUCGACACUUUCCUUUCUAUAGCUAAAUAUUACAUGUUGCUUGUGAAACCUGUAUCUUAGGGAAUGGAAGUCUUUUUCUAUGAAGACAAUCAUCGACGCUUGAAUCCUUGGUCAGAUCGCAGGCCCUCGAUCGCUCGAUGUUCAAACUUGUUAUGCUUGCUGCAGACGCCUCAAAAAGAUCGGUUAAAUUGACGAUACUGCUGCCAGAAGAAAGGGUCCUACACGACGACUGGAUCUUGCUGGGGUAUACAUUGCGCCUACUGCAUAAACCAACUGUGCCUGUCCCAGUGGCAUGUCCGGAAUUCGUUACUUUGUCCAUCAUGCAGCCUCUGCUAACGACAACGUAGGCCAAUGGGAACACAUAACCUGACAGAGCUUUAGUGGCUGUGACAUGAUCAGCGACAAUCGGAUGAUGAACAGCCCUGAACUGCAUAGUCGCAGCGCUGUGGUCAAGUUCUUCCUUGGCCCCAGUCACUAUGGCCUUUAUACGUUAAAUCCCCGGGAUAGAAG